CCUUUCUUCUCACAUAAAUGCAUGCUUACUUUGCACAUUGUCUGAACUUGAACAGUAUGAAUAACAUAUAGUGUGCGCUUUCAGGCACACUCAAUUAACAUAGAUACAACCAUAUGUGACAGCAGAAGCAAGUUCGUGUAUUUCCCCGCUGGGAGUGGUUUUCACGGUAUUGUUGUCUGAUUGGGUGUGUAACCAGAAGUGGACCAGCAGGUUUGACCAAAACACCGGUGUAUCGUGUGUCUGUAACAUUAACGACUGAUACAACACACAACUGGAACAGACAAACAAACAAUGAUUGCUUACAAGCGGUGGAGAAAUCCUGAACUCAGGGCUGAGACAAAUUUUGUGGUUCAGAACGAUGAGAACCAGGGCACGGACAAUGAGAUCUGCACUAUCACCUCAAGACCUGAGUCAAGGAGAAGAGAGUCUGCAUCCAGUUCUGGAUUUAAUAACACUGGAGGUGACAGUGAACCUGAAGUGACCUUUACAGUAGAUGAUGCACUAGAGGCCAUCGGCUUUGGAAAGUUCCAAUGGAAAAUCAGCCUCCUCACCGGACUGUCAUGGAUAGGAGACUCCAUGGAGAUGAUGCUGCUCAGUAUCUUGGGCCCCCAGCUGCACUGUGAGUGGAAGCUGCCCAGCUUCAUGGUAGCCAUCAUAACAUCGGUUGUGUUUUCCGGGAUGGGGAUAGGUUCACCUGUAUGGGGGAAUAUAGCUGACAAAUAUGGCAGAAAAAUAAGUCUAAUACUUUGUAUGGUCUGGACUAUGUAUUUUGGUCUGUUGACGGCAUUCACUCCGGUGUAUGGCUGGCUCUUGUUCCUGCGGGCCCUAGUAGGCUUUGGCAUCGCAGGAGCCCCUCAGUCAGUGACACUGUACUCAGAAUUCCUCCCAGUGAAGGCGAGAGGCAUUUGCAUCAUGCUGAUUGGGAUGUUCUGGGCACUUGGUGCUAUGUUCGAGGUCCUGCUGGCAUUGUUGAUAAUGCCCACACUUGGCUGGAGGUGGCUGGUCGGCCUGUCCACGUUACCAAUGGCACUCUUUAUUUGCUUGUGCUAUUGGUUGCCUGAAAGUCCUCGCUUUAAUGUGCUGUCCGGAAACAAAGAGAAAGCUUUGGCGACUUUAGCACAAAUCGCCAAAGACAAUGGCACGGCCAUGCCUCAAGGGACACUAGCUGACCAUACACAGAGUGGCCGUGGACGGUUCAAAGAUCUCUUCACCCCUCAGUAUCUGAGGACUACUCUUCUUCUGUGGUUUAUAUGGUUUGCAAAUGCCUUCUCCUAUUACGGGAUAAUCUUGUUGACAACUGAGUUUUUCCAAGCUGGACAUACAUGUGUGGAGACGCAGGAGGCGGCCGUGAUCGAACCGAGAUGUGGUCUGGAAUGCAAAUAUUUGACAUCAGCUGACUACAAAGACCUUUUAUGGACAACCUUGGCUGAAUUCCCAGGUCUUUUAGUUAUCCUUCUGGCAAUUGAUCAUAUUGGCAGGAAGAAGAGCAUGGCGUUGUGCUUCUUCAUGUUUUCCUUGUUUAUUCUACCCUUAUACGCUUGUCUUGAUAGGUUACCUCUCACAAUCUUGAUCUUCAUCGCCAGAGCCUUCAUCUCUGGAGGAUACCAGGUUGCUUUCGUUUACACGCCAGAGGUGUACCCUACAGAAAACAGAGCUUUAGGAGUAGGGACCUGCAGUGCGAUGGCUAGGGUGGGCGCCCUGAUAACCCCGUUUGUGGCACAGGUGAUGCUCAGGACAUCAGUGCGUUUGGCCCUGUCGUUGUACUGUGUUUUUUGUCUGCUGGCCGGCGUUGCAUCCUUGUUCCUGCCUAUUGAAACACUGGGCAGGGUUUUGCAGGAGUCCAAUCUUGACCAGGUGCCUGAAGGAGAGCAGACGACCGCCACAACCAGCCAGUUAAACGGUACAACGCAGCAUUUAGAGUAGACGGAGGGAUGGAAAAGAACGGAUGUUUUGUCGACUCCCAGGCUGCUGCAGACGCUAUAGUUUCCUGUUUAAACAGUGGCUUGAAUCCCCUGAGUGAUGAUGGGUGAAGAAGAACAAGGGACAAUCUCAUUAUCGUCUGGCAGUGAUAAUUGAGGGAAGGCCUACUUCCAGUGUCUAAUGAGAGUAUGAAGCUUGAAGCACACUUGUGUGGUUAGACCAUUUUGUUUACUCUCUCAUCCAUUUAGGCCAGGAGAGGAAAAUGGUUGGAUGGACUAUGCAGGCUUUGCACAUUUUACACCUCAAUUUUUUAGAGACUUUUAUUUUAAAAUAUAUUGACACUUGAUUGUAUUUAUUUAUAUAAGAAGUCACAUGUAUUCUGCAAAUUAAAGCUGUUCGAUCUGA